AUGCCCUCCGACCUGCGCCCCUCGUACGACCGCGCUGACCACAGCCGGUCACAUCGUCAACCGCUCCUAGCCUCCAAGGACGAUGCCCCGGACUUCGACUCUCUCGCACGGCCAGGCGGCCUCUCUAGGCGGUCCACCUUUCACGAGCGAGACCCAGAGUCGCAGGCCUCAUUUGAGACGCGGAGGAAAUACAUAUAUGCCGCUAUAUUUUUGUCGUUGAGUCUGGUCAGCUUCACGGUGCAGACUGAGACGGCCGUGUACAUCCAGCACCAGCUUAAAUGGAACAAGCCGUAUUGCAUGCUAUAUCUCACCCACGGCUCUUGGGUUCUCCUCUGGCCUUUUCAACUCCUAAUUCUCCGACUCCAAAAAUGGAACAUGCCGUGGAACACCUUCUGGCGGCGGCACCUUCAGAUACUCCGCCAGACUGCCCUUAUGGUCGAGCACGGCACUCUCCACCCGUCCGUCCGCGCGUCUCAGUCCUCUCCUGUCCCUUAUAUGCUCAAAAUGACCACUUUCGUGACCUGUGCCCUCACCGUGGCCGGGGGAAGCUGGUACGUUGCCGUCAACCUGACCACCGCAAGCGACCUCACCGCUAUAUACAACUGUUCCGCUUUCUUCGCCUACGCUUUCAGCAUCCCACUACUACACGAACAACUCCGCCUUUCUAAAGUUGUUGCCGUGGCCAUUGCUAUUAUUGGUGUCUUUGUCGUUGCAUACGGCGACACUUCUCCCGCAAAGCACGGAAGCAAAUCUGGCGGUGGAGCUGGUGGAGACAAGUCACCGCCCUCCCACGAGGCAGAAAAUCGCGCCCUCGGGAACCUGAUCAUUGGAGUCGGCAGUGUGCUAUACGGCUUCUACGAGGUGCUCUACAAGAAGCUCGCAUGUCCCCCUGAUGGCUGCAGUCCAGGCCGGGGCAUGAUAUUCGCCAACUUCUUCGGCUCGCUGAUCGGAUGCUUUACGCUCUGCAUCCUAUGGAUCCCGCUGCCUAUUAUGAACUACACCGGACUGGAGGAAUUUGCGCUGCCUCGCGGUGAAGCGGCCUGGAUGAUGGCUAUCAGCGUCCUCGCCAACGCAACUUUCUCCGGCUCCUUCCUCGUCCUCAUCUCCCUCACCUCCCCCGUCCUCUCCUCCGUCGCCGCCCUGCUCACCAUCUUCAUCGUCGCCAUCGUCGACCAGCUCCUCCCAGAGCCCCUCAACACCCCUCUCACCCCGGCCGCCAUCGUGGGCGGUCUUCUUAUCAUCGGCGCGUUUGGAUUGCUCAGCCAUGCAACAUACAAAGAGAUGGACGAAGAAAGGCGGAAGAAGCUAGAGGCCGGAAGCGACUCAAGCGACAUAGACGACUAG